AUGGAGCUCAGGAACAGGUUGAGAACCGCUGAUCUAGAGCAUUCACAGCCGCUGGCUCAGGCAAGAAGAGAUCCGGGCGCAAUGCGCACGUUCACAGUGGUUCCCAGGGCGGCAGAAAGCACUGAUGUCCCGCCCUAUGUGCUUAAGUGUCUGAGCAAUGGCUUGUGUAGCAGGCUCCCUGCCAACUGUGUGGAGUGCAGGACGAACUUCUGUGUCUACGGGAAGCCUGUCACCUUCGACUGCACAGUCAAACCUUCCGUUACCUGUGUUGGUCAGGUCGUUCGACCCCAAAAGCACUUCAUCAUCAACAUGACUUGCCAAUUUUGCUGGCAGCUCCCGGAAACUGACUACGAGUGCUCCAGCUCCACCAGCUGCAUGACGGUGUCCUGUCCUCGGCAGCACUACACCGCCAACUGCAGGGUGCGGGACCAUGUGCAUGGCCUGGGUCACCGGACGUUUCCCAAGAUGCUGUAUUGCAACUGGACCGGUGGCUACAAGUGGUCCACGGCCCUGGCUAUGAGCAUCACCUUCGGUGGCUUUGGCGCGGACCGGUUCGACCUGGGCCAGUGGAGAGAAGGCCUUGGCAAGCUCUUCAGCUUUGGUGGCCUGGGGAUAUGGUCGCUGAUCCACGUCCUGUUGAUUGGAGUUGGCUACCUGGGGCCAGCAGAUGGCUCUCUGUAUGUUUAUCGGAGAUCUGUGCUUGGUGGGGAGCGGCACCUAGAAGAAGGCCUGGGCCCGGAGGAAGUGAUGUCGCGAGUGACAUAUUUGUAUGUUUUUAAUGUACAGCAUCUGUACGUGGCCUGCCUUGAUGAAGGUAAAAUUUAAAAAAAGAAAAAAUACCGAACCAUGCUUCUCUGGAAUUCGGUUUCAUUUGCCUGAAAUGUAUUUUUUCCUGUGAAAAAAACUGGGACUCAAUUAAACUGGAGGAACAAACUCUGCAGUGAUUGGAAAUCGAUUUUGUCACCGUGACUUCCGUUUUCUGUUGCUUAAGUCGAAGUGUAUCGCUCAGAUCUCAGCCUGGACGGGAUCGGCCUGCAGGAGCCUUUCAGCUGUGACGCGGGAAGUGGGCCGGUUUAUUCUUUAGCCCAAUAAGGGACCACCCACACUUAGGGCUCUGUGAGAUUUGCAAUGUCCUGUGUAUCUCUGGUCUUCAUCUGUUUAACGUGAACUAGAGCUUUCAUGUCUGGUGGCUGUGGUUUGAACUUGAUUAGUAAUGUAAAAGGUUGUGAGAGGACUGAAGAAUUAAUAAAGUUAUAAGUGGCUU